CGACAUUCGAUGAAGUCGAAGGGCAACACAGAACGUGGGUGUAGAGUGGGGGAAAGAUGUGAGGGAUGGCUGGUGGUUGUUGUCUCGCUUAUUUAGCGUCCCAGACAGGGCAGGCGCGUUAGGUGAAGUUGUAAACACCAUGACGACGCGCCUAAGUGAACCACCACUUUAGGUCGCGAUUACUUCUUAGUCAACACCUGGCGCAAUGAUAUCGUGAUGCCGUCUAUCGCAGAAGAGCAGCCAUCGCUCGGCGACGCGCUAGAGUCGUUGCAUAAGGCAUCACGAACUCCCGCAAAGCAGCGAACCGUCAAAGUCUCUGGGGUGAUCAAUGUCAUCUGCCGACACGCGUUUGCCUAUGGCCUUGACGAGGAUGCUCUGGAUGCUGUCGUACACAUUGCGGCAAGGAAGACACAAUUAGAUCAAACGAGUGUAACAACGUUGAUAAAAAAUUUGUAUCCCGCGCAGCGAGUAUCCGGCGAUGUCAUUGUCACAAUCGUAGCCGCACUGGGCCAGGGUAAGGGCAAGCCUUCGCCAGGCACUCAAGACAGCCUUGUAAAGUGGCUCGCAUUGAUCCACGUGAUCAUCGAGGAUGCCAGCGUUCUCUCUAGGUUGUAUGGUGUCCUAUUCGCGAUGUUGGACAUGAUCAGUAUUAGAACAUCAUUGUGCCAUCUGCUAUCCUUGAUCACUCGUAGGAAGCAUGUGAAACCCUUCAGAAUACAGCAACUACUUGAAUUGUCCCGUGGUCUUGGUAACGAACCUGCCCUUCAAGGUCUUCUCCGCGUUUACAAGGACUACUAUCCGGACAUCAUUCUCGGAAGCGCAUCCACGAGUCGAAAGUCGUUUGCACCGCAACCUGAUGCGGAGUGGCGAGCAAGGGUGCGUACGAUUCAGGAAGCUCGCACAGCGGCGGACGACACCACAUCUGAACGACACAACGGCUUUAAGGUUCUUCGACACGGAUCAAAGAGGACUAAAGCAUCGGUGUUGCCCGAUGUCCACACCUACCAUGCUACUGAGAGCUCCGUAACACUGGAAGGCAUCGAUAGUGUUGACGCCUUUGUGGAGAGGCUUGACAGGAUCGAGCCACCUGGUCAGCUCAUCCCUUUCCUUACAGACCCACUUCUUCAGAAGUAUGUUGAGUUGAAGCCAUCACCGGUUGUGUCUGCACGCAUUGGUUUGUGGCUCGCCACGUGCCUCGAAGAGCAAGUCGGAGCCGCUGCUCAAGAUACUGGGGAUUCUGCCUUCCUUACCGAGCUAUUAGAUGGGCUUCUGCAGCAUGCACGGUAUACCAAGACACUGCUACCCAUUGUACCAGCCUUCCUGAAGGAGUACCUUACAGUAUGGGACGGCCGAGACCAUGUCGAUGCCGUACUUGGCCUACUGGCCUACAUUCCCGAAGAUUCAUUCGAUGACCUUUAUACCGAAUAUCUUUCACCCGCAGAGCGUGCGCUCUCGAGCAACGGUCUUUCAGCGUAUACACGUCUAGUCGGGUUCUACACGGAAAUGCUGCAACACCGCGUAUCUACUCUUGCUCAGCAACGACCUGAACGUCGUCAACCUGCGCUCAUCUCGCCUGAGCAGCAGUUCUUGAAAGACUCUGUCUCGCACUUUGCAGCAUUCUCGACAUCUCUGAUCCUGUCGCUUCCAUCAGAGGAGGGAGCUGAACUUGUGUCUUCCACCCUCGCCUACUGGGAGCUGCUUUCCACAUCCUCCAAACCGCACGUCAUUCCCAUCAUCCUCCCACCGAUGCACCUCGUAUACUAUUUGAUGCAGAGCUCGCCAGCUGUUCUAGUAUCCCGGAUCUGCGGCAUUAUCGGCAGUUACAAACAAGCUUUCGACGCCCACCCAAGGCCCGUCAAGCACUACUACCCGAGCGAAGUGACAGACGGGCUGAAUUGGUGUUUGCGCGAUGUUUACAACCUCUUCUGGGUAGCUCGCGGCCUGGCAGUUGCCGAACAGAAGUCCGUUGGCAUGUAUUGUGAUCCAUCAUUGCGCUCAUCACUCAACGACUAUCUGAGUGGUCUGGACCACGAGUACGCGAUAGGUCACGCAUUCGGGUUAUCGAACAACGCAUGGCUUGCGUCGAUGUCUUUUGCAGCAUGGCAUGCGCUCGAAGAACAGGUAAUCGACCGGGAAGGAUAUGAUCGGGGCAGUAUCAGGUGGCACACAGGUCCAGUGAGUCAGCAAAGUUUGGCGGUCAUAAGAAAUGGAGGUGUGGACGUAGACUGGGAAGGCGCCAAUGGAUACAAGGUGUUUGUACUCAAUUGGCUAGCAGAGAGGGGACUAGGUGGACUGAGGGAGUUUAUGUUCGCAACCGUCACAGACCUGAAAACAGGACAGACGAGCGCCUCGUAGUGCAACGCUGUAGGCCGGAAUACACGGUUAUGAAUACAAG